AUGAACAAUACAUUACCUCCAAUAAAUAAUCAUUCGAGGUCUUCGCUGGAAGAUUUACAUGGUGUUAAUGCUAGUGGAACAAGUGAAACUCCUUUGGCUUCGAAACAACAACAUAUUCGACGACAACAAUCAAUAGAUCAACAACGACGAAAUCCAAUGAGAAGUAGUCGAUUAAUACCAUCAAACGGAAACAAAUAUGUAACAUCGACAUCAUCAACAGCAGCUCCUAUUGUUGCGUCACCUUUUGUAUCAGUUUCAUCUUUUAUUCGUUCACCAUCAAUUAUUCAAAUUGGAUCUCCUGCACAAAUUGACCCUGCAACAAAAACUGUUUAUCGAUCAACUGAUUGUGUAUGGAAUGAACAUCAAAAUAAUGCAAAUGCUUCUCAUCAACAUAUACGUUCAAAUAGUCCAAUAAAAAAUAAAUUAGCAGCAUUAUCACAACGUUUAAGUAAUGGAACAUCACAUGAAAAUACAGCGGCUCCAACUGGUAGAUCAAUGCUUCAAAUUCCAUCACCCUUACAACAACAACAUCCACGAGAUGAUAUGAAUAAUGCAGAUGUACUUUUAGCAUCUCCAGCAAAACCUUAUCAUGCAAUAAGACGUCGUCAUACAAAUAGUUUCUUAGAUAAAUCACCAGGAGCAACUGAUUAUUCUACGUCUAUGCGAAAAGAAACUGAUCGUCCACAAUAUCUUCAUCAUGGUAUUCGAUCACGACAAGUUUCUUCCAAACAAAGAAAUUAUGUUAAUUCUAAAACAACAUAUCAUGAAAUUAAUGAUAAAGAUAUGUAUGCAAGUAGUAUAUUAGAUGGAAGUAAUCAUCAAAUAAAUUCAUAUGCUAAUACACAUCGUUUAUAUGAUUCAACAUUAGAUUUAGCAACAAAUAGAAAACCAUUAUCAUCAAAUAAAUCCAAAUCAUUUCAUGUUCCUGCUACGGGAGUAAAUCAACAAGGUCAUUAUAAUUCAACACAAGAUUUUCAUAUUAAUGAUAUAAAUAAUGAUCGAAUGGAUUUUUCACAUUUCGAUGUACCACGUACAACAUCGAAAGAACAAAUUGUACCACAAGUAAAAUAUCGUCGUACAUCAGGUGGACAAACAGCAACAACAACAGCAACAGCAACAACAGCAGCAUAUAAAUCAGGAGAACGACAUGCAUCAGCUCAAACCUAUGAAUCUCGUGAUCCAAAUAUAUCAUAUGCAUAUACAAAUGUUAAAAAAUAUAUUGAAGAAAAUGAGUUAAUGUCACAAGAAAAAGAACAAGUUAUAAGAAACUGGAUUAAUGAUGUUGAAAAAAAUCGGCAACAUUUUCAAAAAAUUGAGUGA